GAUGCACCGACACACACACACUGACAGGAGCUAACUGCUAACUGCUAACAGACAGACACACACACACUGACAGGAGCUAACUGCUAACUGCUAACAGACAGACACACACAGAGAGAGAAAGACAGGUGGAGGGAGUCUGAUGCUGGUAACACACACACACGCACAUUUAGAUGGCUGCAGUGAAGCUAGCUGGUUAGCAUUCUGAGGAUAGAAAGCUAACCUACUGACAAACACACUGAAACACACAUUUAUAGAGCAACACACAAACACACACACAUUUAUAGAGACACACACACAUAUUUAUUGGGAGGCACACACACUCAGCGAUGAAGAUUCGCAGGCUGACUAUUGGCCGAUGUAGUCAUAGCUAAGGUUGACGGACAGGUGUUGGGCGUGGAGCCUGCAGGUGGGGGUGAUGUCAAAGAGAGGUGUGGGGGGGCGAGGGAAGGGGGAGCGGCCUGACGCCAUGGCAACUCUCCAAAUGGCCAAUGAGGAGCUGAGGGCCAAACUGAUGGACAUCCAGAUAGAACUCCAGCACGAGAAGAACAAGGUGAGCCGUCUGGAGCGGGAGAAGAGCCAGGAGCUGAAGGCGGAGCAUCAUCGAUCCUCAUUGGCUCUGACGGAGCUGAAGACCAAACUGCACGAGGAGAGGACGAGGGAGCUGUCAAUCACCCGGGAGACGUUACUACGGCAACACGAGAUGGAGCUAAUGAGGGUCAUCAAGAUCAAAGACGCAGAAAUACAACGACUCAACGGGCUGGUUCUGACUCUGAGGGACGGGACUACAGACAAGGUGAGGCCCCCCCUCCUGGAGGCGGAGGAGUCCAGGAGGAUCUGGGACUCGGAGCGAUGUCGCCUUCAUCAGGAGAUCCAGGACCUGAGGGGAGCUAAGAGGAGCGCAGAGGAAGCUCUGAGCUCGGCUCAACAGGCGGGACAGACCAGAGCAGCAGAGCUCAGAUCAGCUCAUCACCAACACCAGGAGGAGCUGAACCGAACCAAGAGGGAGUGUGAGAGAGAGAUCAGGAGACUGAUGGAUGAGAUAAAGCUGAAGGACCGAGCGGUCAGUGUUCUGGACAAAGCUCUGGGUCUGCAGGCGGGUCACGCCCACCGCCUGCAGCUGCAGACGCAGGCAGCUGAGCAGCAGAUCGCAGCACUGAGAGACGCUCAGAGGGGGGGGGCCAGCCCCAACACUAACCCCGACCUUAACACCUGUCCUCACCUUUCUCAGGAGGAACGGGACACUAGAAGGUUUCAGUUAAAAAUCGCUGAGCUCAGCGCCGUGGUGAGGAAGCUGGAGGAUCGGAACGCUCUGCUGUCGGAGGAACGCAACGAACUGCUGAAGCGGCUACGGGAGACGGAGAGUCAGUUCCUGCCUCUGCUGGAUAAGAACCGGCGUCUGAGCAGGAAGAACGAGGAGAUGGCACUAUCGCUGCGUCGCCUCGACAACAAGCUGCGCUUUGUCACGCAGGAAAACAUGGAGAUGGUAGCUAUGCGGAGACCGAAUUCUUUGAAUGACCUGGACCGCAGCCGCUCCAGUUACCAUGGUUACAGCCAGGACGAGAGGGAGAUGGAGUUUCUACGGUUACAAGUUCUGGAGCAACAACACGUCAUCGACGACCUGUCAAAGGCUCUGGAGACAGCGGGUUAUGUGAAGAAUGUUAUCGAGAGAGACAUGUUGCUGAGGUACAGACGCCAGGAUUCAGUCAGGAGGAAACGGACCUUCAGAGCCUGCAGGGUCAUAGAGACGUUCUACGGCUACGAUGAAGAAGCUUCUGUGGACUCUGAUGGAUCGUCUUUGUCGUUUCACACCGACAGAACUCCAGAUACAGAGCCAGAGGAGGUGUGUGUGCGCGAGGAGGCAGAGUUCCGUUUCCGUCAGCUGACUCAGGAGUACCAAGCUCUGCAGAGAGCUUACGCUCUGCUGGCAGAAACCAGCGGGGGAACCUACGAUCCUGAGAAGGAGAUCCGGAACAGAGAACAGCUGCUGAGUGAAAUCAGUCGAUAUCAAACCAGAGUCGCCGAUCUGGAGUCAGCACUGAAGCAACAAGGACUGGAUGUGCAGUGGGUGGAGGAGAAGCAGGCGUUGUAUCAUAGGAACCAGCAGCUGGUGGAGAAGGUGAGGCAGAUGGAAGCUGAAGAGAUGCAGCUGGAGAACGAGAUCCAGGACAUCAGAGACCAGAACGAACUGCUGGAGUUCAGGAUCCUGGAGCUGGAGGAGAGGGAGCGACGCUCACCUGCCAUUAACUUCCAUCAACUCCAUUUCCCAGAAGGCCUCAGUCCUCUUCAGAUCUACUGCGAGGCAGAGGGCGUCCCGGACAUUGUGAUCAGUGAGUUGAUGAAGAAGCUGGACAUCCUGGGAGAUAACGCCACUCUGUCCAACGAGGAGCAGGUGGUGGUGAUCCAGGCCCGGACGGUGCUCACUCUAGCAGAGAAGUGGCUGGAGUCCAUCGAGGUGACGAAGGCGUCUCUGCAGCAGAAGAUGUUGGACAUUGAGACGGAGAAGGAUCUGUUCAGUAAACAGAAGGGUUACCUGGACGAAGAGCUGGACUACAGGAAGCAGUCCAUGGACCAGGCCCACAAGGUCGGUUUCCUGAUGAGGAGGAUCCUGGAGCUGGAGGCCAUGCUGUUCGAGGCUCUGCAUCGGGAGGAGGCCUUCAUGAUGGAGGGGUUAAAGAUGGAGGGGUUAAAGAUGGAGGGGGGUCAUCUCUCUGAGACUCUGACGGACGAGCAGAGGGACGGCCUUCAAAGAGCCAUGGACCAAUGGAAACGCUCCGUAAUGUGUGAGCUGAGAGAGAGGGACGCCCAGAUCCUCCGGGAGAGGAUGGAGCUGCUGACACUCACACAGCAGAGGAUCAAGGAUCUGGAGGAGUUUAUAGAAGCACAGAAGCGACAGAUCAAAGAGCUUGAAGAGAAGUUCCUCUUCCUCUUCCUCUUCUUCUCCCUGGCCUUCAUCCUCUGGUCCUAACGGCAGCUGAGUCCAGCAGGGCUCAGUCUGCUUCAGAUGGACCUCACAGGGUUUCAGGAGAUCCAGCACCUCACCGCCCACUGCCGUGCACCUGCUGCUGUCCACCAAUCACAGCAGAGCCUGGCUGUCAGCUGACUCUGGUCCCGCCUCAGAGACCAGGCCAGGAAGGGACGGUCCUACCUCAGACAACAGGCCAGGAAGGGACGGUCCCGCCUCAGAGACCAGGACAGGAAGGGACGGACCCGCCUCAGAGACCAGGACAGGAAGGGACGUCCCGCCUCAGAGACCAGGACAGGAAGGGACGGUCCCGCCUCAGAGACCAGGACAGGAAGGGACCAACGCGCCUCAGGAGGUCUCAGGUGGCCGGUUCAACAACAGUUGGACCAAUGUGGUGCUGGACUCAAAUAAAAAUGCUGUUACAGGUACAGGUACAGGUACUGUUAGGGGUUAUGGACAGACUGUCCCAGCUGUUGGACUUAAGUGUUUAGGUGGACAUUGGGGUCUUUUCUCAACUCUAACACUAAACCAUAUAAGAAUGCCAAGAACUAGUGUGACGUGAGACGUCUCUGAGAGACUGAAGAGGAGACGUCUCUGAGAGACUGAAGAGGAGACGUCUCUGAGAGACUGAAGAGGAGACGUCUCUGAGAGACUGAAGAGGAGACGAGACUGAAGAGGAGACGUCUCUGAGAGACUGAAGAGGAGACGUCUCUGAGAGACUGAAGAGGAGACGUCUCUGAGAGACUGAAGAGGAGACGUCUCUGAGAAACUGAAGAGGAGACGUCUCUGAGAAACUGGACCAUGUUCAGUUUCCUUACCCUUGUGUUCAGAUUGAAUCCAGAUCAUACAGACUGAGAUCUGUAUUGAAACGACUCUUUAAGAGAAAAGUAUUGAAUAGAUUCCAGAAAAGGUUCAAACGUGCACUUUGUAUUUGAAUGUUUUUCUUUAAAGAGUGAAAACUCUCCGGUGGUCUGUUGAAUCAUAUUUCUUUACUUUUUAUUAUACAUGUACAUUAUUGUUAUCUUUGCUGAUUAUGUAUUUAUUUAUUCAUCAUUAAAC